GGUACAAAGAGGCGACAGCUGGGGUUCUAACGUAAUAUCCCGUGGAGUACAGUGGAUUGAACAGCAACAGCAAGAACGUCUUCAAGAUGAAGAUGAAGGCCUGUGAUCUUGGAUAUACCUCGGCACUUCUUGUUGCUAUCACCAUCCUUAGCUCUGGAUCCAAUGGUGAUAUGUUCCGAAACUGCAUUCCCGAAGGUGGAAGCAUUCACACAGAUGGAAAUACGAUCUAUAUACAACCAGAGGGUGAUCCUAAGGCUGUAGGAUUAAAGCCUGCAGCCCGUAACCUUUAUAUCAAGAAAUUCAUUUUCAUGACUUCAUGCAAUGUUUCAGUCAAGUCUAUUGCACUGAAGUACUUCGGCUCGUGUUCUGCAGUGGUGACGUACGGCAGUGAUAACAGGAUUCUUGAAGCACUUCAAGUUCCCUACCUGCCAACACGUCAAUGGCAUGAUGUAAACGUAAGCCUAACGGGAUCUGCAUCUGCAACGCUACAAGAUUAUAUGAAAAGGAAUACAACAACGCUAUUCACGGUGAUGAUUAACGCGGAAAUAUCCACGUGCCAUCUAUACGGAAUCGAGCAUAAGCCAGUAAGAGGACUAACCGUCAUUGCCCAGGGUUUCGCAUCGUCUGCUACGAUUAACAAAUAUGUCAACAACGCUGGAACGUCGAGACCAGAAAGUACGAAACACCAAACACCUUCCUCUGAUUUUUCGACUACAGCCAAGCCCAGUGUGCUACUGAUUUCAUCUGAAGCAGUCGGCACUGUUGGUACUAAAAACCUAAAUUCCGCUUUAAUGAUCGUCCAAACUGGACAACCUGCCGAUAGGUCAAGUGCAUUGAACUUAGUCACUCCCAUCGUAAUUUCAUUGGUUAUGCUAGGCCUUUCCCUGUGCAUAACUAUUGUACUGUUGCUGGUAAGGUCAGGAGGGAUUUUAUCGAAUAGUAGUCAUCCCUGUUGUAUUUCUGUUCGAAAAUCAAAGAAGAAACAAGGCAAUGGGGACCAGGUUUACGAGAAUCGCGCUGGUACCGACGCAAUCAACAAGCAACCAACAGGCAAAAUGAUCAAUCCCAUCCACUACUCAGCCAUUGGUCCUGGUCACUCUAAACCAACAGACUCUUACAUCGACUCUUCCUGACAUGCAUGCCGGGCGUAAUGUUGGUGCUACACAGAGUGAGAUGUACACAUACGCUACUUGUGAUGAUGUUAGGGUCGCGAGGUUUAUCAACACAGACAUGCAGCAGAAGGACGCUGGGGAGCUGUACGCGAGCGUGAUACCGUCAACUCUUGAUCAGUCAGCGCAGGACGUCCAGUCACAACCGCAAUGCAACCAAGCACACGGUCUUGGAAAAGCUGUGGGAGAUGGAAAUGAAUUCAACCCAGCUCAAACCCCCUGCUACUCUUCCCCCCGCAAAGUGGGUGGGACACGUGUUUCCAGCCAUUACAAGACCACAAAGCAGAGUUCGACUUCGAAUCAUGAACAGCCUUCAUACAAUAGCAUCACUGAAUCGCGAAUGCAAUCGGCAAACGCCACGGAGUAUGCAUCGGUCUGUGACUCAAGAAAUGCGGAGCAAUCAACUGGAAGCAACCAGGAAAAUGUCAUCAAGCCUGAUAUCAUUGAGAGUAACCUAUGUCGCGUCGGAAGCGACCAAACACCAGUGACUUUCGCCAAAACGAACGCCGCUAGCAACUUGCAGUCAUCUCGUGUUUCAAUGACGGGUUCCAUCUCGCCACCGACUGGAGACACAAAACCAGAAAUGCGCAUCACCAUUCCAGAUACCAACGCCUCUGCCAUACCUGGUAUUUAAAGUAAUGAAGGAAAGCCAGGGACAUUAAAUGAGCCCACAGUCUACAGUUCCAAAUAACGGAGCGUACCAGCUUUAUUGAGAUACGGAACCUACAAGUAAAUUUAUGCAGAGCCAGCGAAACCUCUGAGCAAUACCAGUACACCACUCCACACAUCGACCCGUGGGUCAAGUUCUGAGCCGGGGUAAAGCAACAAAGCUUUUGUCAGCAGUCCUGACCGUACUGCCAUUCUUGCUAGUCGAUAAAAAACACUGCUGGAAAACGCGAAUCCUUUCUCACAAUGCCAUGCAAACAUAUA